AUGAGCAGUAAAUUACAGGUUGUGUCUAUUUCCUCAGGUGACACUAGUCUGUAUGAGCAGCACGAUCUUCUUUGUUCCAGUGGUCAGAGAAUGCAAGAUCUCAGAGCCAGAGUAACAGGUCUUCAGUCACAGAUCGAUGUAACUGUUAAAAAGAAUGCUUGGUUGAAGGAUGCAGUCGAGAACCACAAAACCAGAAAAGAGCUGGAGGAGAGCAUCAAGAAGCUGCAGAAACAACACCUCUGGUUUCUCUAUGAUAUGAAACGCAAGGUACAUCUUAAGCACAAAGACGAACGUGCUGUACUUUGCAGCAAUUUAGAGAAGAUGCGCAGAGAAUUUGAACCGGCACAUAACAAGAGAGAGCAGACGAAGAAAGAUGUACAAAACCUGAAGAAGUUGAUUCAAGAUAAGACUGAAGAAGCAAAGAAGACACUAAGCAGGGAUGAUCAUCUACGGAUUCGUUACGAGCAACUUGAAGAAUCCUUGCAAGAAGCCCUGGGAAGGUAUGCUGAGAAGAAAGCAGCUGAGGAACAGCGUCAACGUGAGCUGCAAGACUUCUCCAGACAGCUGGAUAUGUUUCUUGGUCAGCUCUGCAAUCUUCCAGAACUUGAUACUGAACAGGUGGAGAAAAAAUUGGAAGAGCUGUCACAAAAAAUUUCGAAGGCUUCGCAGAAGCAAGUGGAGCUGCGGACCAGUCAAGAAGAAGCACUUACCACCAGACGUUCCAUUGAGCGCAAGAUCGCUGCCUGUGAGCAGGAGUUAAACAGUAUUCAAGAUGUCAGUAAGCAGCGUCUGGAACUUCUGAGGAGGAGGAACCUGGAUGCUUACAAUGCUCUUAAGUGGCUGGAAGUGAACAAGGACAAGUUUUCUGCUCCUGUGUAUGCUCCCAUAUGCACACAGAUAAACAUAAAACAUUCUGGGUAUGCCAAAUAUGUGGAGAAUCGCAUUAGUGAAAACGACUUGAUGGCGUUUGUGUGCGAGAGUAAGGACGAUAUGAACCUCUUCAAAGAACUGAUGGACAAACAAGGCAUCAGGGUAAACAUAGUGGACUCAGGAGCCUCCAGCAUGAACCAGUGUCACUCCAAGAUACCUAUACACCACCUCAGAAAGUUUGGUUUUGAGACUUACAUGCUGGACUGUAUUGAUGCACCGCCUGCCAUAUUAGCUUUCCUGUGUCGUCAGUAUCAAAUAGCGGAUGUGCCAAUAGCUCAGAGGGGAAUUUUGGAAGAUCUUCCUGUAGAACUCAAAACGUUCUACAUCGGUGAUGAGCGGAUCAGCCAUAGUCAGUCUCGCUAUGAUGGUUGCUGGUCUACAACCAUCAGCCAAAUCAGGGAAGCGAGGCUGCUACACAUCACCCUUGAUACUCAGCGCAUUCAGUACCUUGUGAAAAGCAUCGCAGACUGUAGACACCAGAUAGCAAAAAUAGAAGCAGAACUGGAGAAAAUAAAGGAUGAGGAUUCUUCCUUGGGUAAACAAGUGGACGACUGGCGCAGCGAUAAACGUAUUCUCACAUCCCGCUUAGGAGAAAGAAAAGUACUGGAAAAGAAGAUUGAAGUUAAAAGAGGCCAAAUCGAGCGAUGGAAGGAAAAGGAAAUUAAUCUGCAAGAAGAAGAAGGAAUAAUGAAGGUGCAGCAACAGGGAGUGGUGAAGAACAUGAUUCGUGUAUGUAUAGAAUGUGGAAUGGCUGCUAAGGAAUCUGUAGAGUUGUUUCAGAAGCAUCAGAGACUUGUGGGUCAAGCCAAGACUGAAUAUGCCGCUCUUCAAACCAUUGAAAAUCAGAUAAUGUCUUCAGAGCAAGAAAUUGCCACUUUUGAGGAAAACUUGAAGAAAUCAACAGAUGAGUUCAUUGCAUAUAAGAAGGAAGCCCAGGGAGCAUUGCAAAAGCUCCUUCGAGCCCUUGGUGUCAGCAACUACCAACAAAUCAAAUCUGAAAUUCGUGAGGAAUUUCAACACUCGAACCUACAAGAGACAGAAAGAUUAUUGACUGAGAAGGAAGCUCACCGUGAUUGUCUCACAACUGCGUAG